GGCUGUGUGUAGCCUAGAAGAAGAAGAGGGGCUGCUGCGCCCUCGCCGCGCUGGCUGGCUGGACACAAGACUGCAAAGUGGGAUCCGCAUCAAAUUCGGGCUUUUAUUUGGUCAUUUUUCUGCUUUUUCAUGGAUCUGAGAAUAUGACACAGGCUGGAAACGCCUUGCUGCUGUGUUGGAGAAGCUUGUGGAGCGGGCAGGGCGGCGGGGAGUCCGGGGUUUAGUGAUUUUAAGAGGAAAAAAGAGUGAAAUUGGACCCGUUAGCCAGUCUGCCUGUUUUUGUCGCUAUGUAACGGGAGCUAGGUUAGUGGUAUAGGCGAAGUAGCUAGCUAGUUAGCUUAGCUAAGUAGCUAGCUCAGUAACAACAAGCUUAAUAUUAGCUUAUUGAUAUAAACUAGAGUUUUAUUGAUAUUUGUAUUGGCUUGCUGUUGGGGUUUGCCUUGUUUUCUAAUUAGCUUGAUAGCUAACUAGCUAAUUUAGGACUGCUAGCUAGCUCAAACUUUUGUUUGGGAAGGGGCUAGCUAGCUAACUAACUGUUUAAACGGGGUUAUACUGUUUAUAUUCAGUAGUUAGCUAGCUAGUUAAAUAGCUAGGUAUAAUUAGAACAGCUGUAGCUAGCUAAUUUUCCAGUGUUUUGGGGUUUUAGGUGUUUUAAUGACCUAUUGUAAGCUAAAAUAAGGAGCUGACCGGCUUUAUUAAUAGUGAACACACCCGGCUAGAGGAGGACUUGCUUAGGCUCAGCUGGGCUUAACUAGUUAACAGCAGUCUGUCUAAUAAAGAAGCUAAAAACUAGGUUAAAACUGGGUUACGUGGUCAGAUAGCUAGUGGUACAGUGGUAAGAGGUCUAAAUGAAUAAUUGAGACCCUGCUUGGUUUUCACUGGACUGGCUAGCUAGCUAAGAUUUUCCUACAAGCUCAGUGUGACAUGGAGCAAACAGGGAGUUGGCUGUGUUAGUCUGUGCUGGUUUGUUCUCUCCUCUCUUGGCUGGGCUUCUCUUCUCUUAAAGCUCUUAACUUAAAACAGGACUUCUGGGCUCUCUCUCCUCGUCGUUCUGCGGAUAUUGUAUCCUCUAGCUCGAGUUCAGAACAAAAAAUGGAUUUUCUCUCCACUUUCAAGAUGACUUGGAGAGAAUCAGCCCACUAAAGAAAAUGCUGAGCACUUUCUCUCUCUCUUGGGACUCUGCUGCUGCUAUAAAUGCUGUCAGUGAAAUGAGACAGAAAUAAAAUAAGAAAUAUUGACAGCAGACUUUAUUUCAAGGUUUUCCUGGGUUUCAAGGAUUUUAAGGAUUUGAAGAACUCUACAAGGCUUGGACUUAAAGGCUUGGUAGAUGUAGAUGCGGAUGUGGAUGUGUCUAGUCUAGAUGGUUUGACUAAACAUUUGUCCUCCAGACCGUCUUUAGUGGAGAAAGACCUGCUGUCAUCCUACAUCUGCAACUCAAAGCAAACAACAUGGGUGAAACCAACCUGAACGACUCCAAUGUGAAGGUGGCCGUCAGGGUCCGUCCCAUGAACAGGAGAGAAAAGGAACUAAACACAAAAUGUGUGAUCGACAUGGAAGGCAACCAGACGUUCCUGCACCCAGCGAGUGGGAACCUGGGGAAAGGAGAUGCAAGAAGUCAGCCCAAGACCUUUGCCUAUGACUACUGUUUCUGGUCCAUGGAUGAAUCGGAAAAGGAUAAAUUUGCAGGCCAAGACGUGGUGUUCCAGUGCCUUGGGGAGAGUCUUUUGCACAAUGCCUUCCAGGGUUACAACGCCUGCAUCUUUGCAUACGGGCAAACUGGCUCGGGAAAGUCAUAUACCAUGAUGGGUUCAGUGGACCAGCCGGGUCUGAUCCCUCGGCUCUGUAGCUCGUUGUUUGAGCGUACGGUGCAGCAGCAGAGAGAGGAGGAGAGCUUCACUGUGGAAGUGUCUUAUAUGGAGAUCUAUAAUGAGAAAGUACGAGAUCUUCUAGACCCUAAAGGGAGUCGGGCUGCUCUGAGAGUGCGGGAGCACAAAGUGCUGGGACCCUAUGUGGAUGGUCUCUCUCGACUUGCAGUAGCUAGCUAUAAGGAUAUUGAGUCAUUGAUGUCUGAGGGGAAUAAAUCUCGCACAGUAGCCGCCACCAACAUGAAUGAGGAGAGCAGUCGCUCCCACGCCGUCUUCAACAUCAUCCUCACACACACACUCAAAGACCUGCAGUCUGGGACCAGUGGGGAGAAGGUAAGUAAGCUGAGUUUAGUGGAUCUGGCCGGGAGCGAGAGAGCAGCUAAGACUGGAGCCGCCGGCGAGAGACUGAAGGAAGGCAGCAACAUUAACAAGUCUCUGACCACUCUGGGGCUGGUGAUCUCGGCGCUGGCUGAUCAGGGGGCAGGGAAGAACAAGAGCAAGUUUGUGCCGUACCGAGACUCCGUGCUCACAUGGCUGCUGAAGGACAGUUUAGGAGGGAACAGCCGGACUGCCAUGGUGGCCACGGUGAGUCCAGCAGCUGAUAACUACGACGAGACGCUGUCCACACUACGUUAUGCUGACAGAGCGAAAAGCAUCGUCAACCACGCCGUGGUGAACGAGGACCCCAACGCCAGGAUCAUCCGAGAGCUGAGGGAGGAGGUGGAGAAGCUACGAGACCAGCUCACACAAGCAGAGUCUAUGAAGGCUCCAGAGCUGAAAGACAGGCUGGAGGAAUCUGAGAAGUUAAUCCAGGAGAUGACGGUCACCUGGGAGGAGAAGCUGAGGAAGACUGAGGAGAUUGCACAGGAGAGACAAAAGCAGUUGGAGAGUCUGGGCAUCUCUUUGCAGUCGUCAGGGAUCCGAGUGGGAGAGGAUAAAUGUUUCCUAGUCAACCUCAAUGCUGACCCGGCUCUUAAUGAGCUACUGGUUUACUACUUAAAGGAGCAUACCAAGGUGGGCUCAGCAGAUUCCCAGGACAUUCAGUUGUGUGGAAUGGGCAUCCAGGCUGAGCAUUGCGUGAUCAACAUAACCCCAGAGGGAGCAGUUUUCCUCAACCCGUACCGAAACUCCAGGACGUGUGUAAAUGGAUCUCCCGUCACAAGCCAGCAGCAGCUGCACCAUGGUGAUCGUAUUCUGUGGGGCAACAACCACUUUUUCAGGAUAAACCUACCAAAGCGACGUGCACGGCCUGCGACUGAGGAUGAGGAGGGUGAAGGAGGCAAUAUGAAAAACAGUAACAGCAGCGAACAGCUGGACGCAGAUGGAGACACAGCCAGUGAGGUUUCCAGUGAGGUCAGCUUCAGCUAUGAGUUUGCACAGACAGAGGUCAUGAUGAAGGCUCUGGGGAGCAAUGACCCCAUGCAGGCAGUGCUGCAGAGUCUGGAGCAACAGCACGAGGAGGAGAAACGAACCGCUCUGGAGAGGCAGAGGCAGAUGUACGAGCAGGAGCUGCAGCAGCUGCGCAGGCGUCUGACUCCGGAAAGGCAGAGCACACAGGCCCAGCCCUCCCAGCAGCACUACCGCAGCAUGGAGAGACUCAGCCUAGGGGGAGUGUCCUCUUCCUCCAGUGCUCAAAACCGCCUGCGCCAGUGGAGCGAGGAGAGAGAGGCCGUGCUGACGCGGAGUUUGCGGAAACUUCGGGAACAGAUCGUAAAGUCCAAUCUGCUGGUACAGGAGGCGAAUUUCAUUGCUGAGGAACUGGACAAGAAAACAGAGUACAAAGUCACUCUACAAAUUCCUGCUGCCAACCUCAAUGCCAACAGGAAGAGGGAUGCUGUGCUGAGCGAACCUGCAAUCCAGGUGAGGCGAAAAGGCAAAGGCAAGCAGAUCUGGGCUCUUGAGAAGAUGGAGAACAGAUUAGUAGACAUGAGGGAGCUCUACCAGGAGUGGAAGGACUAUGAUGAGGAUAACCCGGUGAUGCGGUCAUACUUCAAGAGAGCAGACCCCUUCUUUGAUGAGCAGGUUAAUCAUAGCCUGAUUGGAGUAGCUAAUGUUUUCCUGUCGUGCCUGUUCUACGAUGUGAAGCUGCAGUAUGCUGUACCCAUCAUCAAUCAGAAAGGAGAGGUGGCGGGGAGGCUGCAUGUGGAGGUGGUGCGUGUUGCUGGUGGUUUCGAGGACGGGAUGGCUGGAGGAGAUGACUGCGACAGCAGCCCUGAAGGAGAGAAUCAAGAGCGUAAGCUGGUCUGUAUGAUUAAGAUCCUGCAGGCUACAGGUCUUCCCCAGUACCUGUCCAACUUUGUCUUCUGCCAGUACUCUUUCUGGGAUCAGCCUGAACCCAUCAUUGUGGCUCCAGAGGUGGAUCCCUCGGCCUCGUCACCCAGCAGGAAAGACCCUCACUGCAUGGUGGUGUUUGACUGCUGUAAGGAGCUUGCAGUGGCUGUGACUGAGGAUUUCAUUGAGUAUCUAACGGAGGGUGCAAUGGCUAUUGAAGUGUAUGGCCACCGGCAGUCUGAUCCAGGAAGGAACCCGGCACUUUGGGACCUCAGUAUCAUCCAGGCUAAAACUCGGACCCUGCGGGACAGGUGGAGUGAGGUGACGAGGAAGUUGGAGAUGUGGGUGCAGAUUCUGGAGCUGAAUGAGAAUGGAGAGUACAUGCCAGUGGAGGUGGUUCCAGCCCGAGAUGUUCGUACAGGAGGAGUCUUCCAGCUCAGACAGGGUCAGUCUCGGCGAGUGCAGGUGGACGUGCGUUCGGUGCAGGACUCCGGCACCAUGCCUCUGAUAGCUGAGAUCAUCUUGGGCGUGUCCAUCGGGUGUGUGGAGAUCAGACAGGCUCGCCCAGCUAAAGCCAAUGACUCUCAGGAGGUGCCGGAAGGGGAUGAAAUGGACAGCUAUCAGGAGCGGGAUCUGGAGCGACUGCGGCGACAGUGGCUGGCUGCACUCACUAAAAGACAGGAGUACCUGGAUGAACAUCUACAGACCCUGGUCAGCAAAACAGAUAAAUCGGAGGAUGAUGUGGAGAGGGAGGCUCAGCUGCUGGAGUGUCGUCUGACUCUGACGGAGGAGAGGAAUGCAGUGAUGGUGCCCUCUGCUGGUAGUGGCAUUCCAGGAGCUCCUGCAGAGUGGGUACCGGUGCCUGGGAUGGAAACUCACAUUCCUGUCCUCUUCCUUGAUCUGAGUGCGGAUGAUUUCAGCUCACAGGAAAACCUAGAAACCCCUGAAGCCGGUGGGUGGGAUGCCUCUCUGAGUGGGGAGGAUGAAGACGAGUUCUUUGACCUGCAGAUCGUUAAACAUUAUGAUGGAGAGGUAAAGGCAGAGGCAUCCUGGGACUCUACAGUUCACGAGUGUCCUCAGCUGAGUCGAGGAGGAGCUCCAGACCAGAGGGUUUACCUGACUGUACGGGCUGUGGUGCAGCUUAGCCACCCAGCUGAGAUGAAGCUGGUCUUACGCAAGCGUAUCUGUGUAAAUCUCACCGGACGACAGGGUUUCGCUCAAAACUUUCUGAAGAGAAUGUCCACAAGGAGCACCGUUCCUGGCUGUGGGGUCACCUUUGAGGUUGUGUCUAAUAUCCCAGGGGAUGCACAGAGCUCAGAGGACAGGGAGAUGCUGGCCCGCAUGGCUGCGAGCGCUGAGAACCCAAAGUCCUCAGACAACAUGGCAGCCAUAGAGAAAUAUCUGCGCAGUGUUCUGGCAGUGGAGAACAUCCUCACCCUGGAUCGCCUGCGACAGGAAGUGGCAGUAAAGGAGCACUUGGCAGGCAAAGGGAAAGGAAGCAGACGGAGUCUGAGCUCCCCCAGCGUGCACCGGUUAUCUGGGAGUAGACAGGAUCUGUCUCUGAACUCAAGCCUGGAGGACAACAAGAAUCGAUGGGAAAGUCAGCAGGACAUCUUCACAACAUCUCAGUUCAGCCGCACGCUACCUCGGCCCUCCAGGGAGCCGACGCCUCCACCACAGAUUCAGCCCCAGCCUCAGCCCCAGCCUCAGCCUCAGGAUCCUGAGCAAGGUCUUUCAGGGCUUGCUGCUUCUUAUCUCUCCCCAGUCAAGGCCCUGGUCCCCCAGAUGCCCAAGCUGCUAAAGUCCCUGUUUCCUGCUCGAGAAGACAAGAAGGACCUCCGUCCUUCUCCUCAAUCUCAGCAGCACAUGCCCCGUAUCGUGAUGCAAUCCAGCAAUACCCCUGAUGAGAGCAGAGUUCGAAUAGAACCGGUACCAGUAAUAGGGAGAAGUCCUGGCCCAGAGAAACCCUCAGACAGCCCUGAUGCCCCGCCCUCCUCCAUGCAUGACUCGCAUGACCUGCCCCUCAGCCCUAUCAGUGAAGCUUCCAGUGGCUAUUUCUCCACCAGUGUCUCCACCGCAACCCUUUCUGACGUCUCCACCGCCUGCGGGGACCUUACCCCCACCCCAGCCGCCCACGCCAGUCCAGACUCAGCCAGACAGACAGUGGAAGAGGGCGAGGACGGUUUAAGCACCCCCGUUAACUCCUCAAUCCCUCCUGCAGAAGCUGGGCUAAAGUGGGGCUCUGCUGAUCUGCUUAGAAAAGAGGAGAUUCAGCAGACCCUGAACCCCAAAGACUCUCAGGCUGCUUCCAGGAACGGGGUUUCCUCCUGUCACACUGAAAUUAAACUGACAGUCAUCCCUCCUUUAGUACCCAAAGCUGCUACAGACCACCCUUUCUCCCUGCAGAGGGUCAAACCCUCAGACCUCAAGUCAUUCAAUCGUAUUCUGGGUGAUGAGAAAGAGGAGCAUGGUGGAAAAGUCUCAGCUGGCCAUCCUCAGCCGGCCAACAGUCUGGAGAAGCUGGAGAUCACCUCUGAUGAGGAACUGGGCAGGAACGCUGAUCUCCCUCGCUGGCUGAAAGUAGGGGAGAGCGUCACGGUAGCUGGCAGUAAAUGUGGCACUGUGCGCUAUAUCGGGCUCACUGACUUCUCAGAUGGCAUCUGGGUUGGAGUGGAGCUCGACAGUCCUGCAGGGAAGAACGAUGGCUCAGUUGGAGGCCGUCAGUACUUCCGCUGUAACCCCGGUUAUGGAGUGCUAGUGCGGCCGGAUCGAGUGAGUCGAAGGGACGGAUCCAAGCGGCACGGGGAGAAUCGGCGCAGCGGAGAGUUCAGCCAGUCUGCUUUGUUCCCUCAGAUGAGGGGAGGAUCAGGCACGACUGUUCAAAAAGCAGAAAAUCGCAAAUCCUGGAGCAACUAAGCAUCACUAUUCCUGAUCGAGUGAAGACUCUGCUUAUAGGAGUGCCUGACUGAGGAUGAACUUGUGUGCCCUGUGCUCCUUUCCAGUCUCUGCUCUUCUCCAGUUCUGGUGCUCAGCUCUGGAUGAAGCUGGUACAGCAUUCCUCCACCCACACCUCAACGGCUCUACACCAGUUUCGGUGCUCUCAUUAUGUGGAGCACAGAGGAACUGCAAUACUGAAUGAACUAUAAUGGGUGUAAUGGUUAUAAUGGUUAUAAUGAGUAAGUAUAAAAGACCUUAAACUAACUUCAAAAGCUUUGGGGUCAAACCAUCGUUCUUGUCCUGCCCUGAUCCUAUCAAGAGUCCUUUUGUGUGUGGACUCUUGGUUUUUAAGUGAUUUAUGCAUGAUUGAUUGAUAGAUUAAUUGAUUAAUUGAUUGAUCUUCCCUGUUCAGUCGGCAAAACCACAAAUCUGUGCUGAGUUUCCGGAAUGUGCCUUUUGUGAAUUUGUGAAGUUUAGUUUUAUUUUUUCUAUUUUAUUUUUAUAGACGUCCCCUAAUCCCCCUCGUUCCUCCUGAACACUAGUGAGAAUGCCUUCUGUCAGCGCAAGGUCAUCUCAGGGACUGGUCAGAGUAAAGAAAGAGUACUGGUGCUUGUCGCACCUAAAGCUGCCAGUAAGCAUGGCUGUAUGCAUGUACAGUAAUGCAUGUACUGUUGUUGUAAAGCCGUAAAGUUGGUUGGUUGUGAAGGUGCUUUUUUUUUGGUUGUAUCGUCGUUGUCAUGGUUGUUUUGUCUUCCUUUGUGUAAAGGUAUGGUAGAUAAAGGAGGUUUAAUGCUGCGUUAUGUUUCUGAAGUUUGUGAAGUGCUGUGAUGAGCGGAUGUAGAGAGGAGAGAGAGAGGAUGGAGAGAACUGUGGAGUGGCUUUGGGAGAAAAGGUAUAAAAUGUACCGAUAGUUUAGAAUGAGGUAAAUUGGGACACUGGACGCCUCUGUUUAACAGGGCUCCAUGCAUGUUGAUCGGAUUUGACUGUGAAGUUGUUGAAUGAAAGCUUGUGUGUCUGAUUCAGCUCAAGUAUUCAGAGAAGUAUUGAGGAUCUACAGGCUUUUGAUGGUAAAUAUGAUGGAAAACUGUGCAUUAUUUUAAUCGGUUUAAAAAGUGGGAAACGGUGGAUAAAGUGAGUUUAAAGGUCCUACAAAGGUUAUAUUGUUAUUUUAUUAAGUUGCACUGGAAUUAGGUCUUUUGAUUAUUGGAACACUUGUACUGAUGCUAAGUACCAGUAUUCAGUUCUAAUAGAUAAAGCAGUUUAACAUUCUUUUUAAAGUUCUUGUACCUUUGUUACUGACAAAAUGAGUGAUGAGUACAAUAUUGGGACGGUUUUGAAGGUUUCAGUCUUCCGUAAGGAACCUUUUAUCUUUUUUUCUAGUAAACGAGUUUAUGAAGGACACUAUGUAAGAAAAAGAGGUAUGGACCAAUUUCUGACAAUGCCUAAACACUGACAUGCCUCACGUCAUGGGACUGGAACAAGUAUAGUGUCCCACGAUUCACUUUUUAACUCCCAUAAUUCAUGUUGCCAUGCCUUAACCACAUUGGCCAGUGUUCAGACUCGUUCACAAGAUAACACCUCAUAGCAUACACAGUUGUGGGUAUUCCCAAGUCAUUUCACAUCUCAAAUAACUUAGAACAUCAUUGCAAAGUUACUUUAUUUCAGUGAUUAAGUUCAAAAUGUGAAACUCAUUUAUUAGAUCUAUUUUAAGUGUUUAUUUCUUUUAUUGUUGAUGAUUAUGGCUCACAGCCAAUGAAAACUCAAAAAUCAGUGCCUCAGACAAUAUAGAAUAGAGUAUUAUAUAAGACCAAUUGGUACUUUUAGCAGUGUGGGCAGAGUGCCAAGUCCUGCUGGAAAAUAAAAUCUGUAUCUCCAUAAAAAUUGUAAAGUCAAAGCAGUUUUUUUUUCGGGAAAAUCUUACAGCAUUUCAUGCUUUUCUCUGCUGACGACUUUUAUGGAGAUGCAGUCUUUCAUUUUCCAGCAGGACUUGGCACACUGCCCACACUUCCUUAUAUGAUAUUACAUUUUUCUGAGACACUGAUUUUUGGGUUUCAAUUAUUCAUUACAAUAAAAACACAAAAUAAACACCUUAAAUAGAUCACUGUGUGUGUAAUACAUGUAUAUAAUAUGAGUUUCACAUUUUCAACUGAAUUAAAGUCACUUCUCAAUGAUAAUCUAUUAGCCCCAUACUAUACAUGAAACUAGUAUGUACUAGUCCCAUGACUUUUGGCAUGUCGGUGUAGCUACAUUUGAUUAACUGGCGUCAGACCAAGUUGAAUGAAAGUCAUUCCAUUAAAAAUGUACUGAGCAUAUUUGCGCCACUACACAGUAAAACAUGCACAUAGUUUAUGAUUUAUGAUGAGCAUGAUUCUGUAUAAUUUGUUUGAAUUAUGUUUGCACAUCAGAGCGGACAAGAAAGAUGGGUUAUACCAUUGCAUUUUUAUCCUUAAAGUCAUCUUGUGAUUUCUAAUGCAAUAUCAGAUUAUCAAAUUAUAUUUUAAUGAUAAUAGAAAAGUGUCUUGAUUUUUUUUCUCUUUUUUUUAAUUUAGAAAUCCUUUGAAUUAAAAAUUUUAAUUUGCACAUUUUGAUUUAUUAUACAUGCUGCCCACCCAGUGGGAAUUUUUGCUUUUGUUUUAUAGUGAUUUGAUCUAACCACGGAGCUCUGCAUUUUUAUAGGACUUGGUGCUGAAGUUUAAAAGCCAUUGCUGAUCACUGAAUUCAUUUAAACUGACAAAAAAGGAAAAAAAAAACUGUCCUCUCCUUAAAAAGAUCCAUUUUUUUAUUUGAUAACCCCAUAAAAAGUCUUCUGUGAGCAGAAAUGCAUGCAUAGGGCUGCACGCUAUAUAUCUGAAAAAAUUUACAUACACUGUAUUUUUAACAAAAUAUAUAUAUUUUUUCUCCAGAUUUCUCUAUAGAUAAAUUUAAGUAUAUAAUGUCAAGAUAUUAAUCAUUUGCAUUGUGCGUAAUCUUAUUAUUAAUCUUAUAUAUUAUCAGUCACUUAUAGAAGAUGAGAACUGUGGGAAUUUUACUUUUGCACCAAUCAAGAUGUAUGGUGUACAUAAUUAAAUGCGCAUCCUGUCAUGUGUCUAUUACACAUUUCCACAUAAUAUCGCAAUGCCUAUUCUAAAAACAAUAUAUUGUGCAGCCCUAUACAUGCAUCACUGCCGUGUAUGUGCUUCCUUCCACUGCAGAAAGAGGCUUUUAGACCUUUAUUCGUAUCAUAAUUCAUAUUUUUAUUCACAUAUGAACAUAUCUGUGCCUCGUGCAUCCAGAAAUGAACGCAUACGCACAAGUAGCACAACGUAUACACUGCUUUGAUGAGGCUGGGGUGCAGAGAACGCAGUUAAGGGAGCUGUGUGAGAUGUUUUGAGAUGUUUUGAGAUGUUUUAUGUGUAUGUAUAUGGGUUUGCUCUGUGUGACCCGUGGCUCUGAUUUUACACUGGGGACGGUUUGUAAGUAUUAGAUCUCUCUCUCAGUCUGUUUAACAGCUCUCAGUCCUCCUGAAAUAUCAUUAUUAUACUCUCAUGUAUGCAAUGCUGUUGUCUUUGCCAGUAUGGACGGUUAAUAUCAUCAUCAUAAUCAUCAUCAUUAUUAUUAUUAUUAUGAGUGCUGGCCAGAGUGGCCUUACACGCUUCAGACUUUAGGCUUUAGAUAGUUUUACUGGUUUUAUGGUGAUACAGGGGAAGUGACCUUAAUGUAAACUGUGUUCAGUAAAGGGAUCCCCGUACACGUCUGUCAUUACAGAGACCAACAUGGGUAUUACUGAGGCAUUAUUCUAAUUUUUGCCAGAAUAGCAUAUUUUAAUGUUCAAGUGCAAUUUACAGUUUAUCACUGAUUUAUCGUUGAUUCAUUCUUUCCCACAGUGAUCAAAGUUCAUGGCAUUUUUAAUCAUCAUUAUUGGUGUACUAUACACAGUUUUACAGCCUAGGGCUGGGUGUCAUUCAAAUACGUUGUUGUUGUUUUUUUUUUUUUUUUUUACAAAUCUAUUUAAAAUACGUACAUUUAACCCCCUUUUUUAACCCCUCUGUGUUUCAAAAUCAUGUUUAACUAUACAAAAGUAGAUAAAAAAAAUAGCAAAGUGUUUUUACAGAUUUUGAUUUAUGAGUCAAAUCAAAUUAACCCAAAACUAAGAGACCACUUAAAAAUAAUAAGUUUCUUUUAUUUUACCAAAUUGAAAACCUCUGAAAUAUAAUCAAAGGAAAGAUGGAUGAUCACAAGCCAUCAAACCACCAAGCUGAACUGCUUAAAUUUUUGCACCAGGAGUAAAGGCAUAAAGUUAUCCAAAAUCAGUGUGUAAGACUGGUGGAGGAGAACAUGAUGCCAAGACGCAUAAAAACUAAUUAAAAUCCAACAGGGUUAUUCCAUCAAAUAUUGAUUUCUGAACUCUGUCCUAUCAGACAUACCUAUCAGACAGAAUUGCAGAUUUUAAACCAGUCUCUGGUAGAUAUAUUAAUAUUAUGGAGCAUCCUGUCAUGUGACUAUUGCAGGUUUCCACACAUGUCAAUGCAGAUUCUAAGACGAUAUUGUUCAGUCCUAAUAUGCACCACUGCUGUGUAUGCUUUUCAUGACUUUUGGUUGAUGCAUGAUCAUUUGUUUGUGUGGCGUUACAAAGGUUCUCAUUACUUAUAAGCAACUUUACCUUUGCAUCUUCAAAAUGCAGAAAAAAAUGUAAUUUGAUUAGAUUAGUUUUACAUUUGAUUUAUGUUUAAACUUCUUAUUUGAUAACAUGCUUCUCCUCAUUCUUAUCAGCAGUGUAAAAAUAAUAAUAAUAAAAAAAAGAACAAGGGCUUAUUAGCUUUUUUUUUUUUUUUUUUUUUUACAUUGUCCAACUCCUUAUGUACUAAAAUCGUAUUAUUUGUUAUUAAUUAUGAAUUUUAAAAAAGUACUUUUCGAUUUUGAUACCCAGCUCUAGUUUUCCCUGUAAAGUUGUGUGUGUGUGUGUGUAUAUGUGUAGGUCCACAGAACACAUAUCAAAUGUGUGUUUAAUUUUUGUUGAAUUAUUGAUCAAUAUUCAUAUCUCUACAGUCAAACAGAUCCAGAGCAAUAUAUUAAAGCGACCACAAAGUGGCCUUUCAGCUUCAUUCCAGCCGGGUCAGAGAGUGCUGGCCUGAAGAUCCGCUGUAAAGAUCCCCCCGCAGGGACUGCAUCUGUUUACACAGAUGUGCAGCUCUGAGCUCGUCCCACAAACCCGCUGCCCUUAUCCAACUAAACUCCCCACCCUCGUCUCCGCCUCCGUGCAGUUCCCUGUACCGUGCUUUUGGUGUCUGACACUGGUCUGUGCCUCAUCCUGGAGUUUCAGUGGUUUUUAUGCUAAUGAAUCAUUUCCUCAGUUGAUUUGUGUGUAAGUGUGUGUACGCUUGUGUGUGUGUGUGUGUGUGUAUAUUGCAGAGUACACUGUAUGUUGUGUGUGUGUGUGUAUGUUUGUAUAUAGGUGCAUUCUGAGAAGCCAAUCUGAGCACAAGUUUGGGAUUAAUUUAAUUAUUUGUAAUUCUAUGCUGAUAUCCAAAGAAUAAUCAUGUAUAAUAAUUCAUUUAUAAUUUCUUUUAUAUCAACUGUACAAUAAUCUCCCUGUAAAGGAAAAAUAAAACGUGAACUGAUUUACCAA